GUCAUAGUAUGUUAAUUAUCUCAUGGUUGGGGUUCUUCGAUGCCCCCCCCCACUUAGGUAUUAUCCGUUGAAAUACUCGACCACGUCCUCUACCAUUCAUUAGUCAUGUCAUGCCAGUCGUUUUCUUGGUUCAUGUCUAUAACCGGGCUAGAAACACCCACAGACUACCAACUACCAGGUCGUGAAAAUGAUAAUUGAUAAUUAACGAUACUCGUAUGUUACUCGUUACUUGUUAGCAUAACCCAUUUGAGCUUUAAAAUUAUUUUAUUUCAUAAUAAAAUUGAUAUAAUUGAAUUAUUUUGAUGAUUAAUGUCACUAAUACUAUUUAAUCAAUUUAUUUUAAAAUUAGUAAAUUCAAAUAGUCAAUUAUUUAAUUUAAAUACUGCAAAUAAAUUACCUAAACAAAUGGCUAAACACAUUUCUCAAUCUGCUGUUGCUGAAGGUAAACAAUACCGACCUAAAAUCAAAGGAAAGUCAAAAUUUGCACCGGGUAUUGUGAAAUUUCAAGUUCUUGGUAGUGGGGCAAAUGGCGCUCCUAGAUGUUUAUAUUUGUUCACAGAUCAUUCUAGGUAUUUCUUGUACAUUUCUGUGUGAUUAUUCAUAGGUAUUGUUUAAUUUGUAUUUUUGUUUGCUUUUAGGUAUCUUUUUAACUGUGGAGAAGGAACACAAAGGUUGGCACAUGAACAUAAAAUGAAACUUUCAAAAUUAGAACAUGUGUUCAUCACACAUUCAAAUUGGUUGAAUAUUGGCGGUUUACCGGGAUUAGCCUUAACGGUUCAGGAUGUCGGUGUGCCCAGAAUUGAACUGCAUGGACCACAAGGAAUAGUAAGUUUUUAAAUUUUCAUUAGUUAUUAAUGUUAGGUAUUUGUAUAUUGUAGGUUUUAAGGUAAUUUUUACCGACAUUUUUUUUAUCACGUUCCUACAAAUUACAGUACCUUACAAUAUGUACCUACUACCUAUAGUUGAAUGUGUUAAAAUUAUUAAGUAGUAUGUAUAUUAUCAGAUGAUUUACAAGUUGUUUGGUCUACACUGUACAAAUUUGGGUUACUUUCCAUCUAUCAAUCAAUUGUUCAUUUAUUUAACUUAUAGAUAACAAUAAUCAAUAUGUUGAUUGUAAGUAGAUAUCAAAUUAAACAACACUCCAGCGUGUUAAAUUGACCAUUCAACCAUACACACGGCCACUAAACCAACUGCUCAAACCUGGUGCUAUAGACUGUUCAAGUUUAGUGAAAAAGGUGUUAGAACACUUUUAGAACACAGUUAGGUAACUGAAAGGUUAAGUAAUUAUUCAGCAAGCAAAAGACUAUUCGAUUACCUAUUAGAUUCAAGAUCUUAUGGCCUAAUUUUUAGCACUGAGAACAAUAGAGUCAACUAUUUAUCAGUUUGAUCAUACAAUCUCAGAUAAAAUUUUAUUUGGAAAACAAUUUUAAUAAGUUUAAAUGUUUAGUUUUGUAAAUAAUAAAAUGUGGUUUACAUUUGAUUAAUAUUUUGCAGGAAGAAUUAUUUGUUGCAACAAAAAGAUUUGUGGUUUUACGUGAUCUUAAAAUUACAGCUAGUAAAAGUGAUCCUUUUAAACCGUUUGAAGACAAUGCAAUUCUUGUCCAUUAUGUGCCAUUAAUAUCAAACAAACGUCAUAAUGAAUUUCGGUCAAGCUCUGAAAAGUAAUAUAUAUUAAUACCUAGACAAGUCAUUUAAGUAUAGUAUAAUUAUUACUAUUCAAAUAUAGCUCAAUUAAAAUUAACUACUCUCAAACUCAACAAAAUCAAGACAUUUUAUUAGAAGAUGACACAAAUUAUUAUGAUUAUGAAAACAUACGCUCAUCUAAAAAUGAAAAAAAGAAACGGAAAAGAAGCAAUUCUGAACCUAGAAUAAUAGGUUAUUUAAACAUAUAGUAACUUAUUUGUUGCAAUGUGAAUUGUAUUAUCUAAUUAUUUUACUGAUUAUAGAUGAAAAAAAAUUUAUUACUGAUAAUUCUAUGAGCCGAAUUAAUAAUGUUGCCAUGUCAUAUGUUUGUCGUCUUAAACCAAAACCAGGAGUUUUAGAUUUAGACGAAUGUGUUAAACAUAAUGUCCCCCCAGGACCAUUAUUGGGUUUAUUAAAAUCUGGUAAAGAUAUAACUUUACCUGAUGGAACAUUAGUAAAGUCAUGUGAUGUAACAUCUCCUGAUGAUCCAGGGCCAGUUUUUAUUGGUAAGGUUAAUAAUCUAUUCAAUAUGUUUAUUUAAGUAAAGAGUGAUAUUUAUUAUAUUAUUUACUAUACUUUUUGCUGAAUAAGAUUGGUCUUCAGAGACCUGGGUAAAUUUUAUCUCAGAGACCCCCCUUCUCUCUGAACGGGCCUGGCUGUUGUUGUCCAUUAAAAUAUUAAAAUAGGGCUCAUUGUUAGCAAAAAAUGCAAACUCUGUCAUGCACAAAUUCAAAUAUUUUUGUUAAAUUUGGGCAAAUUUAUUUAGAAAAUCUAUCCUACUUUCUUGUUGUUCACAGCAAAUUAAUACCUUUUUUUGGGCUCUUUAAAAUCAUAAAUUUCUAAAAAAAAGUCACCUAAAAAAUUAAAAUUAAUUUAAUUUAUUGUCCUUUUUAUUUAAUUUUUUUGACCUAGGUAUUCAUCUAAUAUAAUAUCUAUUAGCCGGUUUGUACGACUUUGUACAUGUACAUUGUUAGAUUAAAAAAAAAAAAAUGUGUUCACGUCUCUGUUUCCUAUUUUUUCCUAAUAAUAAUUAGAUUUUCAUUUAAAAAAAAACUAAAAUUUCAGACCUCCGUGUGCAAUAGAUUUACAGACAUUCAGAUAGAAAUUAAUAGUUGAUUUAUAAUAUUCAAUGAAUUUGUAUUUUAUUUGAUAAACUUAUUAGCAUUUUUUUUAGUGGUUGAGUGUCCUAAUGAAGAUUAUAUUGAUUCAUUAUUAAAUGAGUCAAUUUUUUCAAAACAUCAACAAGGAGUUAUUAAUAAUAAUGAUAUUGCUUUUAUGGUUGUACACUUUACUCCUCAAGAAGUAAUGAAUAAUCCAAGGUAAGGUUCUAUUAUAUUACUAUUAUUUUAAAAAUAAGUUAAUAAAGUAUAAUAUUUUUAGAUAUCAAUCAUGGAUGAAAUUAUUUCCUCUUGAAACAUAUCAUUUAUUAUUAAAUGAUGAAAACAAAUGUCUUGGUAGUACUGCAAUACAUAGAAUACAAUACAAGUUAAAUAUGUUAGAUGAUACAAUUUAUCCAUUAUUGAAAGACAAAGGAAUUCCUUGUAAGAAAAUUUGAUUAUUUAAACUUAGUUUAAAUAUUAGAAAAUUAAAUUAUAAAUCCUCAUUCAAUUUUGUUGAAAAGAAAUUAUUAGUAUUUUUUUGAUAAUUUUUGAGAAACAUUUGAAGUACACAAUUGGAUUAUUAUUUGGAAGUAAAACACAGAAAAUAGAUAAAAAAAACUAUUAAAAUAUCAUCUUAAGGGUAGAUAAAAUUGCAAUUUUUUUUGUAAAAAAACAUUGGAGGUAUUGAAAAAUAAAUAAUAAAAGACUAGAAACACUGUACAAUGUUUUACAUUUGUCCAAAAAAACAGAAGGGAGGUAAAAUUGGAAAUAAUAGAGGGUGUCAUGUGUAUUGAGUUCAGUUGUCAUGAAAAAAAUGUCGAGAACCACUAGGAUUAUAAUAAUUAUACAAUUUUUUUUUUAUAUAGUUACUGAAAGUGAUCAGAAUGUAAAAAUCGCCGAGGCUAAUUCAAAUAUUAAUUCAUUAAUAAUAAAUGGACAAACUAAUUUAACAUUUAAUUUAAGACCAAAAAAAGAUAUAGAUAGGUAAGUGCCAUUGAUAUAACCAAGUGUUAUUAUUAUUUUUUUUAUGUGAAACUUUUUUAUAUUUAUACAUUAGUAAUACAUAUUUAAGGCCUACUUUAAUUAGCAUCUUAAAUGUAAAUUAAAGUUCAUUAUUCUGUGUAGGUUCCUUUAUGUUUUUCCUUUUAUCUUUGUUUAGGGAAUUCUUCAGGCUUACAAAUCUAUCAACAGCCUUGAUAUCCUGUUUCACUCUAUUUAAUCAUUGUAGUUCUGUAAUACCAUGUGACCAUUUUGGGGAUAUAUUUUUUAUCCCAAUUGUCAUAUGUUUCUAAAAUAUUAUUGUGAGUUAACUUACUUAAUUUUCAGAACAAGUACAUUAACAUUAGAUGUUAAUGAAUUCAUCGCAGAAACAUUCAGAGUUGAAGGUUUUGAAGAAAAAUUGGCUCAAGUGAAAAAAGAUAUUUUAAAUGCUAUUUCCACAGAUUCUAAUAUUUAUCCUAAAAUUAUAUUUCUUGGCACAGGUUCAUGUAUACCCAGUAAAACAAGAAAUACUAGUGGUAUACUAAUGUAUACUGGGUAAGCAAUUUGUUUAAAAUUGUUGUAUAUAAAAAUUCAAAAUGUAAUUUUGUUUAGUGAGAACGAAUGUGUAUUAUUAGAUUCUGGAGAAGGAACAUAUGGACAAUUAGUAAGACAUUUUGGUAUAACUGGUACCGAAAAAGUUUUGUGCGAUUUAAAAGCCAUUUAUGUAUCUCAUUUACAUGCAGAUCAUCACAUUGGUUUAAUUGGUGUACUAAGUGUUCGUCAAAAACUACGAACAAAGGGAUUGAUUAAACUUGAUAAACCAAUCUAUUUGCUAGCACCUAUACAAAUAAUGACUUGGUUAAAUUUUUAUGAUAGAAGGUUCACAGAAUUAAAUAAAGAAUUUCAAGUUGUGUCUAAUUUAGAUUUGGUAACUUUUAAAUGUUGAUGUUAUUAAUUAUUUUAAUGUAACAUUUAUUUUAAAAAUAAUUUAAUAUUUUUCAGGAUUUUGAAUCUUCAACAAAGAUAAGAGUAAAAGAUUUAUUAAAACAAACAAAUAUGUUAGAUAUAGAAACUACAUUGGUUACACAUUGUCCUAAUGCAUUCGGUGUAUCAUUUACACAUGUAAAUGGUUGGAAAGUAACAUAUUCUGGUGAUACAAUGCCUUGUGAUUCAUUAGUCAAAUUAGGUUUGUUAUUUCAUUUAUAAUAUAUUUUUAUGAAUAAAUAGUAAAAUUAAUUUGUUUUUAAAUAUAGGAAAGAAUAGCAAUCUUUUAAUACAUGAGGCAACAAUGGAAGAUCAAUUAGUAUCUGAAGCUAGGCGAAAAAUGCAUUCAACUAUGUCUCAAGCAAUAAACACUGGCAAAAAAAUGAAUGCUAAAUUUACUAUACUAACUCAUUUUAGUCAACGUUACGCAAAAAUACCAUAUAUGCCAAAUAAUGAUCUUCCUAGUAAUGUUGGAAUAGCAUUUGAUAAUAUGGAGGUAUAAUAUAAUUUAUAUUAUAAACAAUUUAAUAAUAAUAACUAAUAAGUGUUUGGAGCAAAGUAAAUAACAGAAUAUAUGAGUAAUAAUUAUUCUUGUUCUUGAUAUGGUGUUCCUAAAGUAAUAGUUCUCUGAUGACGGUAAAACUUUAAGAUAAAAUUUACCGACAGAUACGGAAUUAACAAAUCAACUUUUAAGUUGGUAAUAAUUUGUAUGAUAAUGUAGUAAAAAUAAUUUCAUUGAAAAUUAUCAGUUUUAUAAAAAAAUUCUGUAAAAUGUACAGUCCUAAAAUGGUAAACCAGAAAAAAAAAAUACAAAACAAAUCAUUGUAUAACUAAAAAGCUCAUAGUUUAAUAAGAAUUUAAACUGUUAUAAUUCUAAAAAAAAAAAUGUAUUAAAAUGUGUUUUAGGUCCUAGUUAUAUUAAUUUUAUAUGUAAUAAUUCAAAUAAAUUAAAUAGCGUCAUUUGUUGACAGGAUAUUUUUAAAAUUCUGAAAGUGCUAAUAUUUUGAUAGCUAUUUUUGAUAUUAGCUUGUAUGAAUUAUUUACAUUUAAAUUAAUAAUAAUAAAUCAAUGCGUCACCUAGAUUAUUAUCAUAAGUGUAUUAUACGACCAGUUUUAAAUUCAUGAUAAUGUAUAUCACAGUCAAAAUGUAAAACACGACAAUAUAAAAAAUUAAAUAAAGAAAUAUAUAGAAAAAAAAAAUUACAAAUUGGUCAUUUUACAUAGAAUAAUAAUUAUUUUUAGACAUAGAAAUGUUAAGAAAUAUAAAUUAUUUGGUUAUUUAUCAUCUAAAAUCUGUUGAUAAUAAGAUAUUAUUUUUAAAAUCGGUUUGAACAUUUAAAAUAUUAUUAAAAUUAUUUUUCUUUAUUUCAUUGUGUAAUUGUAUUAAUAUCAAAACUUAUAUUAUGGUUAUUUUCUAAAACAUGUUUAUCAAAAUUUGAAUUAGGGGCAGUCUUUUUUUCAUUUUAUUUCAGAAAUGUGUUCUUUAUAUCUUAUUUUAAAAUUUCUAUUUGUCUUAUAUAAACAUUUUUACUUUACAUUUAAGUUUAUAUAUACCAGCAUUUUAAAACUAAGGUGAUUUUUUUGUGAAGUUUUUAGUUUUAUUGUUUAUAUAUAUGAUUAAAUUAUUAGUUUUAAAAGGGAUUUUUACAUUAAUUGUAUUAUUGUUCUGAAUUUUAGUGAAUUUGUUAGACUUAUUAUUUUGAUAUUUUAUACUACAGUAGUUAACAAAUUUUUUUGGUGAUUUAAAUUUAAUUUGAAAUUUCUCUGGGUUAUAUUAUAAAUAUAAUGAGCUCGUGUUGAUAAUUAUGUUUAUUUAAUGGAAUACAUCCAAGCCAAGAGAAUAUUGAAAUAAAAAAUGAUAUUUUUUAAAAAUAAAGAUGAUUAGAAUCAUGUGGUAUAGUGUAUGUUUGUGUAGGUUUCCUGUAAAUAGUAAAAUCAAAUUUAUUUUUUUUUUUUAUGGAAACUGUAAGAUCUAAACGCUAAAAUUCUGAUCAAUUUGUGUAUAUUUUUUCUAUGCAUUCCUUCAUUUAAUUUUUUAUAUUCUGUUGCGUUUUACAUUUUGUCUGGGAUAUACCUGAUGAUGAAUUUUUAAUUCGAAACACACUUAUCAUAAUACUCAAGGUGAUGUAUUGAUUCAUUUAUUUAUUUAUUUUUUUAUACAUACAUUUUUUAUUUUAUUAUUUAAUAAUAAUAGUCAUAAUGUAACAGAUGGUACUAUAUAUUAUCUCCUUGUUAAAUAUUUUUACAAUAUGUAUAAACAUGUAGAAAUAAACAACUUAUUAUUGUUCCAAUUGUAUAUUUUGUUACAUACAAAUGGUUUGUAUAUUAUAUUUAAGUAUCCUAAGUAUAAAUGGUUUUACAGAUCGCUCCAAAUGUUUUACAUAAAUUGCCAUUGAUGUAUUCUGCCUUGAAAAUGAUAUUUGCAGAACAUUUUGAAGAAAUGGAAGCAAAAUGUUUUAAACUGAAAUUAAAAGAAGAAAAGGCCCGAGCGCUAAUAUAAAUAUUUGAAUGUAUUGUUUUUGGGAUGAUUUAAAUAUAACUAUAUUUUUAAUUCUGUAGUUAAUUUACAUACAUUUUAAAGUAUUUUGUUGUUUUGUUAUCAGUUAUUCUUACCAAUAAAUAAAAAAAUGUUUAAACAUUUUGAUUU